GGGAGAGUCGUCCUCCAGAGGUGCAGCAGCAGCAGCAGCAGCAGCCCGCACACCACCACCACCACCACACUGUGUGUAUGUAUGUGCCGGCACAGUGCAGACAGAGGUUGUAAACAUGGCGGCGGACGGGAUGGUGCUCACCAACCACGACCAUCAGACCCGAGUGGGCAUCCUGACGGUCAGUGACAGCUGUUUCAAGAACUUGGCUGAGGACCGGAGUGGAGUCAACCUGAAGGACCUGGUCCAUGAUCCCUCGCUGCUAGGAGGAGUCAUAGCAGCCUACAAGAUUGUUCCAGAUGAGAUUGAUGAAAUCAAGGACACUCUUUUGGAGUGGUGCGAUGAACAGCAGCUGAAUCUCAUUCUCACUACUGGAGGAACUGGAUUUGCACCACGAGAUGUGACACCUGAGGCCACCAGAGAUGUGAUAGAGCGAGAGGCUCCGGGUAUGGCUCUCGCCAUGCUGAUGGGAUCACUCAACGUUACACCGCUUGGCAUGCUGUCCAGGCCAGUGUGUGGUAUCCGUGGUAAAACUCUGAUCAUCAACCUGCCAGGGAGCAAGAAGGGCUCUCAGGAGUGUUUUCAGUUCAUCCUGCCCGCUCUGCCCCACGCCAUCGACCUGCUGCGUGAAGCCACAGUCAGGGUUAAAUCCACUCAUGCCGCCCUGGAGCAGCUGCCCUCCCCGUCCCCUCUGAUGGCCAACACGCACAUCGACACGCACAUCAACAUGCACACCAUGGAGCGCGGCACCCAGUGCGAGGAAGAGGAGGAGGAGGAGGAGGAGGAGGAGGAGGACCGGAGGAGAGGUCGCCAUGUGCACAACCACCACCACCACCAGCAUGGCUCCUCCCACAUCACCGCAGCCGCUAUUGCUGCCAAGACGAGCCAUGCUGUGGUCAUGGCUAAGGGGAGUCCCUACCUGCCCGGCAACACACCCGCCCCGCCCACUCAUUUCACCUGCUCCUGUACCCAUGACCAGCAGAUCCCGGACUCUAUCAUUUCUCGAGGCGUUCAGGUGCUUCCUCGAGAUUCAGCCUCUUUAAGCUCCACCCCUUCUGAGUCACCGCGGGCGACACAGGCGACCUCCCGCCUUUCCACCGCCUCAUGCCCGACACCCAAGGUUCAGUCACGAUGUGGCAGUAAUGAGAACAUUCUGAGAGCCAGCCACAGUGCAGUGGACAUCAGUAAAGUGGCACGUCGUCAUCGCAUGUCUCCGUUCCCAUUGACGUCAAUGGACAAAGCCUUCAUCACUGUUCUAGAGAUGACACCUAUUCUGGGAAUUGAAGUCAUUAACUACAGAGACGGUUUGGGUCGAGUGCUCGCUCAGGACAUCUAUGCCAAAGACAACCUUCCUCCAUUCCCUGCUUCCGUUAAAGAUGGCUACGCUGUACGAGCUGCUGACGGCCCGGGAGAUCGCUUCAUCAUGGGAGAAUCACAGGCUGGACAGCAGCCCACCCAUACAGUGAUGCCAGGUCAGGUGAUGAGGGUAACGACCGGGGCUCCGAUUCCUUGCGGAGCCGACGCUGUGGUCCAGGUAGAAGACACGGAGCUUCUGAGGGAGUCUGAGGAUGGCACAGAGGAGCUGGAGGUGAGGAUAAUGGUGCAGGCCCGGCCCGGACAAGACAUCAGGCCAAUAGGUCAUGACAUCAGGCGAGGGGAGUGUGUGUUGGCUAAAGGAACACACAUGGGCCCGUCAGAGAUCGGCCUGCUGGCUACAGUGGGGGUGACUGAGGUUAGCGUGCACAAGUUCCCUGUGGUGGCCGUCAUGUCCACUGGAAACGAGCUGUUGAAUCCAGAGGACGACCUCCACCCGGGGAAAAUCAGAGACUCCAACCGCUCCACUCUGCUGUCCACCAUCCAGGAACAUGGAUAUCCCACCAUCAACCUGGGCAUCGUUGGAGACAACCCUGAUGACCUGCUGUCAGCUCUCCACGAGGGAAUCAGUCGUGCCGAUGUCAUCAUCACCUCAGGGGGUGUGUCCAUGGGAGAGAAGGACUACCUAAAACAGGUGCUGGAUAUUGACCUUCAUGCUCAGAUCCACUUUGGACGAGUCUUUAUGAAGCCAGGUCUUCCUACUACCUUUGCCACAUGUGACAUUGAUGGAGCACGGAAACUCAUCUUUGCUCUGCCAGGAAACUUCAGCUUCAGAGAGACUGGGCCCUCCCUGCUGGAGGUCGUAGCCCCGAGUGAGACCGAGGCCAGACAACCACUAACCCCUGCACCUAGAGGAAGUAACCCAGUGUCGGCAGUGGUGACAUGUAACCUGUUUGUGAUUCCUGCCCUGAGGAAGAUGCAAGGCAUUCUGGACCCUAGACCUACAAUUAUUAAAGCUAGGCUUUCCUGUGACGUGAAGCUGGAUCCCAGACCGGAGUACCAUCGCUGUAUUCUCACCUGGCAUCACCAGGAGCCACUGCCCUGGGCACAAAGCACAGGCAACCAGGUAUCCAGCAGGCUAAUGUCAAUGCGUAGCGCCAACGGUCUGCUGAUGUUACCUCCUAAAACAGAGCAGUACGUGGAACUGCAUAAGGGGGAGGUGGUGGACGUCAUGGUCAUCGGACGGCUAUGAUGCAGACUUCAAUGUCACUCGCUACCGAUUACCAUGGCAGUGCCAGGACUUCCUGUCUGGACAGGAAACGGGCGGGGGCAGGAAGUGAUGCAUGUCUACCUGGUCGCCAUUAGCUGUGAUGUCAUAUGCAACAGCCAAUCGGAGCCAGCGGAGGCUGAAACCUCAUUGGUCUGCUCUGAGGAGAUCACUGUAUUUCAAUGGAGAAAAAAAAAUGUGAAAAAAAAUAUAUAUAAAAUAUGAGAUUUAUUCUGUAAUAUUAUUAUUAUUAUCCUGAUGAUAAUGAUUAUUAAUAUUCUUAAUUAAUAUUCUAUUUAUUAUUAUUAUCAUGGUUCUGAUUGAAUAUUAUCAUCUUAGUAGUAAUCAUGCCCUCUUCUCUCCUGUUCAUUUGCUUUGUGCGUUCGAUAUUUUCCCCUGGUAGAUAUAGAGAUAUAGAGACUCCUUCCUCCACUCCUCCUGACCUUUUUUUCCUUUUCUCUCCCCCUUCUUCCUCUCUUCUUCUUCUUCCUCUUCUUCUACUUUCUUCUUUUCUGCUCUGGCAUCCUCUACCCAGAAUAUAGAAACUCCUUGAUAACCCCUCCCUGCAGUAUCACUCCAUCUCCUCCCAGAACACACUGACCCUACCAUCAGUAUUGACAGAAAUAUGAACUAAAGACAUAUAAAAACAUCUUUUGAUUGAAGCUGCUGAUAUAGUUGUGCCAGUACAGUAAAUAUUUUUUUGCCAAAAAAAAAAAGGAAAAGAAUACAAGGAUAUUUGUUUUCUUUUCCAGAUCUAACAUUUCCAUACCAUACCGAGACACUUAAACUCACCAUGACUCUCAAUGAAAGCCAUGAAACUCUUUUGGGUGGGUCAGCGGCUCGGCUUUAAGGCGAAUCCUCUCUCACACUGGAAUGAUUUCUGUGGUCGGACGUCAGAUAGAAACAUAAUUGUUAUGAUGAAAUACAUAAUGACUUCCAUGAUCUGUAGUCAGGCAGGAACCUCUCUUAUAUCACAGGUGGGCCUCAUAGACAGUAUUGGUAGAACCUUAACCAUGCACUCAAGUGGUUUAUAGUUUACGCCAUAAAACUACAGUACCAAAUUGAAAUAUGUAGUCUUUGAUAAAUGUGGUAUUAGCAUUUUUACAACUAUUAGAGGAUAUUGUGAUACUCUAUGUUUUUCUUAUUAUCAACAAAUUCCAUCUCUCUUAACUAAAUCUGCCUAGCAACACAACUUGUUGGUACAUUUUUGAACAAAUUAGCCAGGCAAACCGUUUCCUCUCGUUUCCAGUCUUUAUACUAAGCUAAGCUAAGCUAACCAGCUGCUGACCAGAUGGGAAAUGUUAAACUAUCGUACCAAUUAUGGUAUUUUGAGGAAAAAUGAUCGUACGCGAUUCAUAACCGUGAGAACAAAUAGGCGCAAAUGUGUGAUUUUACAAAAAUGCGUAUUUAAACAACCUUUUGACAUGCCUAAAAAUGUACCCAGAGUUAAGGCCAUAAGCUAAGCUAAUUAAAUAUAGAACUGCAAUUACUGGUGCAUUCACACCUGUCUCUCGUGCAAACUCUUCAAAUGAGCGUCGAGCAGCCGGGCUCGCGAGUCCCGUUUGUCGACAUCACAGCACACACCGAGCGUGAUUGGUUGAAAAGAGGUCACGGGAGAAGAGAUGCGUAAAUACAAACGUGGGAAUCAAUGAAUUUGAAUGAGAUGGCACAGACUAUCUAAAACCGACUACUAAUUCUAAGCGUCAAAAAUGGUGAAAUUAUUGUACAUUAUGGCACUUUUGGCGUUAUUGAUCGUACAGAGGGCAAAAUGAUCGCACAAAUAUGAUAAUUAUCGUACAUCUGGCAAUGCUGGCUUCAUAAUUAGGUUACAGACAUGAGUGGUGGAAAGAGCUUCAUAUUAAUAAAUCAAUCUUUACAUCAAAAUUUUCUAUUUACUAAAACGUCAAAGUAUUUCUUUAAAAACAGGUCAGAAGAGCUCAAAUUUAAGAUUUCGUGCUGAGCACUGUAGUUUUUUGCAAACAUUUGUUGGGGGACUAUUUUUAGCCACGGUUUAUUAUAUAUUAUAUAUAUGGUGCUCCUGCAGUGUGUGUGCUCAUGGUGAUGAAGGAACAUGUCACCCAGUGCAACAGUGUGGCUCAUUAAUGUGUUUUUAAUAACAAUGGAGCUCUAUGGCAACAGAAGAAUAUACACACACACGAUACUUGUUCAUAGGAUCAAUUCAUUGUUGUGUUUGGGUCUAUUCAUGUGAUUUGUUGACAGUAAGAACAAUGUAGAAUAUGAUCAGAUUAUCCUUUAAGUAGCCAAAGAUGAAUUAUUAUUAUUACCUAGUCUCAAAGGCUGGCUUCUUAUUUGGCCAAUCAGCCGCCUCCAUCUUUUUUCAAACCGCGCGAACAUGAACGAAAGAGCUGCUUGAGUGAGUUGUGACAUACUGUUUUCCCAACUCAGAGAAAACUCCAACCCGACAUCACUUGAAAGCAGGGUGUCGCGUUCAGGUGCUCGUAAACUACACAACUGGUGUAUUUCUACCGUGACAGUGUUAAGGUGCUUGUUAAAGUCAAAAGAAUCGACACAGUUCAAGGCUGUAAAAUAAACUACAUCAUUUGACUGCUUCUCUCUCAAUGUACUGUACAUAGUCUGAGCAUCACUGAGAAAUAUAGAAAAACCUUGUUUGAUAUUUAGCCCACAAUAAAAGCUUAGUUUUACUAUUAGCAUUAACAUGGUAGUAGGCCAGUCGGCUGCUGUAUCCUCCUGAUUAAACACUAAACUAAAAAUUGUUUACCAAUUAACAAGGACCGUUCAAAUGCAUCAUAUGCAAUCUGUGAGUCCCGAGCAUUCACCAAUGCACCAUACCUUAACUCCUCUAGUCCUCUGAUUCUUCCUAUCAGUGUGAUCAGUGCCAAACGAACCCACAAGGUCAAAGGUCUAAUGCUGCAUUCAGGUCAUAUUGGAACAAUUGUACAAAAUGCUGGUACUUAUUUGAACAUAAGAUGACAUAAUUGAUGUUUUUCCUAGAUGUCGGUUGCUGCUGAUGAUCCUCAUGCUUCGGUUACCCCCCGAGAUAUCAAGUGUUAACUUCCAGAUCAGAAGCUCAUGUCUCAUAUCUUUCCUCUAGGACCUUAAUGCAGCGCCAGUCCCAACUUCUGAGCUUUGACCCCCCCCCUCUCCUGAUAGGCUGAUGCAGUCUUCCUCCAACCCUCCCCUCGUUCCUCCCUCUCCUCUUCAUCUUCCUUUUCUUCCUCCCCUCCUUCUCCACACUUGCAUGCCCAUAAAGGGGGGCGUGUCUUUCUCUUUGGGCAGGUUUCAUUCCAGGCGUGAGACGAGGGUGCAGCACCUGGGCGGGACUUCUGAUCUGACUAAAUGUUACAGUUAUGGCACCUCUUGAUGAGAUUAUUGGUGCGUAAGAAGAGUUUUUAAAGUCCAGGCUCUGGUAUUAACACUGUCUUCUCAUUUAUUCCUCUAGCUCAGAUGUCAGAAACUUCCCAGUUACCUCAAAUGCACCAUAUAUAUAUCAGUGGCUCAUGCUGGGUUCAUGUCAUGUAAGACGAGGUGGAAGAACAGGGUGACUUUUUAGCGACAGUUUAAAGGCGGCCAUUCAUUCCGUGGAAGGACCACAUCAAAAUUAAAGAAAAAAAAGUAUUUAAUUAAAACACUUUCCACGUAUAUGUUUUCGGCAGCUCAUAUUUUACGACAAAACCCAUUAUGACAUGAACGCAGCAUCAGAGCACGUCCUGGCACCUGCCCAAGGAGGACCAAUCAAACCCAGAUAGAUUCAUUUGAGUAAGAAGAAGCAGGUUCUUGUUAAACUGCCUUUGUACUGAGUGAUUCGUAACACUGGACUGAACUCAGUGUCACACUGCACACACUAUAAACUAUGACCAGCACUUGUAAUGAAGCAAUGACACAGCAUUCUACUACUACUGUAUAAAUAUAAUGAAGAGGAUGUUUUUUUCUGUAAUGAUAUUAUUGAAACUGAAGAUGAAUUAAUAAAAAUAAUCCUGAUUAUUCUGUA